AUGGGUCGUGCCAAGAAGGCAACCGCAUCUCCCGGACGCCUCGGUGAUCUCUCAUCGUCCUCGUCAGGCUCGCUAGAAGGCGCGGCGAGGGGUCGAAACACCACAAUCGUCAUCCCGUGCUACAACGAAGCCGAGCGACUGCGCACGGACGAGUUCCUGGCGUUCGCCAGGAGGGAACACGACACCCAGCUAUUGUUUGUCAACGAUGGCAGCACCGACGAUACAUCUGAUGUGAUCAGGAGCAUGAGAAGGCGCUGCCCCGACCGCAUCGAUGUCGUGGACAUGCCCGUGAACGUCGGCAAGGCCGAGGCGGUGAGGCGCGGAAUGCAGAUCGGGUGCAUGAGCGGAAGCAGAUUCGUGGGCUUCUGGGAUGCCGACCUCGCCACGCCUCUGGACCAUGUCGCGAUGUUUAAGGAGGUCAUGGAGGACAAGCCCGAGGUCGACAUGGUGUUCGGCGCCCGGGUCGGCCUAUUGGGUCGCGACAUACGGCGGUCCAUGAAGCGUCACUACCUGGGCCGGGUGUUCGCAACAUUGGCAUCCAUCACGCUGGGGUUGGGGGUGUACGACACGCAGUGCGGAUCGAAGCUGUUUCGCGUGGACGACAGGGGUGAUUUGGAGACGGUGAUUUCCAUGCCGUUCCACACCAGGUGGGUGUUCGAUUGCGAGAUGAUAGGGAGGUUCAGUGCCCUGCGGCGAUCGCGGGUGAGGGGAGGGGUCAGGAAAUGGGGCAAAGUAGACGAUGGGGACAUGAGCGGGUCCAUCUAUGAGUAUCCACUGCAUCGGUGGGAAGACGUUGGCGGAAGUAAGGUAAAGUCGAGCGACGUGAUCAAGAUGGCGUGGGGGCUGAUGCAGGUGCGGAGGAGAUAUUUCUGGCGGCGGUGGCCGGUCCUAGCGCCAUCUAGGACAGGGUGGGAGGGUUGGGUGGAUGGGUGGAAUUUUGCUUUCAAGCCCAGGUUCAAUUGA